GAUUUCCGAGUUGUCGUCGGCCGAGAAAAGUUACGGCUCCUGCUGACUUGGCCAUUUGCCUCUUGCCGGAGAACGUAAGGCACCAAGGCCACCACCGACACCGACUCAAACAGCCGAGGUUUCUGCCCCAUUGGGCAAGCGCCGCGUUCACCCUCGGUCUCUGUCUGGGGGGCAUUUUCCCCGUGGAGUGUUCUUAUAAGUCAUGCACUUCGCCUCCCCCUCUCUUUCUGUCCAAAUCUGUCUCUUUUUCCCACGAACCUCUUUUCACUUUCACCAAUUGGACGUAAUCCCAUUCUUUACACAACGUCCACGAAAUGCCUUCUCCUCCUCCCGCCUGGGUCCAGGCUUUGAAGCCGGCCGAGCCGCAAGGCUCGAGCCUGCUGGCGCAAGAACGUGCCCAAUCCAACGUCGACGUUGACAAGUUGGCCGAAUUAUUACACACCAAGAACGCGCUAGAUAGACAACAGCAAAUUCUCUCCAUCUUACAGUCGGAAAAAGUGUUCGACAAGUCAGAGAACUACACUCUGGGCCGGACGGAAAAGAUUCAGAGAGCAUUGGCCAAGGCGAAGCGCCUCCAACAACUGGCAGUGCAACAUAAAUGGUCGCAGGAUGACUACUAUAUGGCCAAUGAUCUCCUGAGUGAGCCAACUCCUUACGGUCUUCAUGCCAGUAUGUUCUUGGUCACUCUACGGGAACAGACUACCCCAGAACAAAAGAAGCUCUUCCUCGAACCCGCAUCAAAGUACGAAAUUAUUGGAUGUUACGCACAGACGGAAUUGGGCCACGGCUCAAACGUUCGCGGCUUGGAAACAACGGCCACAUGGAACCCUGACGACAAGACUUUCACCAUCCACUCUCCUACCCUCACUGCGUCGAAGUGGUGGAUUGGCUCCCUGGGUCGCACCGCCAACCAUGCUGUGGUGAUGGCUCAGCUGUUUAUCGGGGGCAAGAACUAUGGCCCCCACCCGUUUGUUGUCCAGAUUCGUGAUAUGCAAACCCAUCAGCCGUUAGAGAACGUCUAUGUUGGAGACAUUGGUCCUAAAUACGGUUACAACACGAUGGACAAUGGUUUCCUGCUGUUCAACAAAGUCAAGAUUCCCCACGUUAAUAUGCUGGCUCGUUUCUCGCGCGUCGAUAAGGAGACCAACAAGUAUAUGCGCCCAGCAUCGCACUCUCUCUUGUAUGGUACCAUGACCUGGGUCCGCUCCAAUAUUGUCCUGCAGGCCGGCACUGUGCUGGCUCGUGGGGUCACCAUCGCCACCCGCUACUGUGCUGUUCGGCGGCAGUUCCAGGACCGCGAUGCGGGUAACGAGGCUGGAGAAAACCAGGUCUUGAACUACAAGAUGGUCCAGAUCCGUCUCCUUCCAUUGCUGGCUUCCAUGUAUGCUCUGCACUUUACCGGCCGGGGUAUGAUGCGGCUUUAUGACGAGAACCAGAAGCGGAUGAAGGGCGCCGUUGAGGCCAGUCAGGACAAGAGAGGCGCAGGCCCUGAGCAACUGAGGGCGGGUGCAGACCUGCUGGCGGAUCUUCAUGCUACCUCUUGCGGUCUGAAGGCGCUGGCUAGUACCACCGCCGGAGAGGGCCUCGAGGUGUGCCGUCGGGCCUGUGGUGGUCACGGAUACAGCAACUACAGCGGUAUUGGGCCGUGGUAUGCUGACUAUCUCCCCACAUUGACCUGGGAGGGUGAUAACUACAUGUUGACCCAACAAGUUGCUAGAUAUCUUUUGAAAUCUGCACGUGCUGUUCUUGCUGGAAAGGGAAGCAACAACGACACAUCCCAGAUUCUGCAGUCAUAUCUCGCUCGCCGGGAGAAGGGCGCUUCGUUCGACAUCCUGGAAGAGGACCGCGACAUUGUUGCCGCCUUUGCCUGGCGUACCGCACACCUCACUUUUGAGGCAUUGAAGCGCAGAGACGUUGAAAAGCGGUCAUGGAACAGCCUGCUUGUCGACUUCUGGCGCCUGUCCACCGCUCACUCACAGUAUCUGGUCGUUAAGAACUUCCACGAGGCGGUCAACUCUCCCGAGCUGACAUCGGAGUUGGACCCCGAAACCACAACAUUGAUGCACAAGCUCUUCCGACUGUAUGCCUUGCACACUCUGGAACGCGAGGCCGGCGAGUUCUUCUCAUCCAGUGCCGUCACGACCCGCCAGAUCUCGCUGGCUCAGUCGAAUGCUGUGAUGAAGCUUCUAGACGAGAUCCGGCCCCACGCAGUCCGCCUCGUGGAUGCCUGGAAGUUCCCUGAUUGGCAGCUUGACAGCAGUCUAGGCCGCUACGAUGGUGAAGUCUAUCCGGACCUGUUCCGUCGUGCCUGCCAGAACCCGGUCAACGACCUGGUCUUCGAUCCAUACCCAUGGAACGCCAAUGUGCUGAAGGAGAGCACGCCCAAGAGUAAGCUAUAAUUGAUAUGUGAUUUGUAAUUUUUCGGCGAUAUAUCUUGUGGUUACGUUUGCAUUCAUGUACAGUUUUGGGUUUUUGGGAAUGAUUUUGCUAUGACGGGGUAACAUAGAUAUAGACUAUCUAUAGAUUAGAACAAUAGACCCUAGAUGAACUUCACAGCUUAGCAUUUGGCAGUUGCAAACGUGCAGAAUACGGAAUAACACACGGAAAUAGCCGACGUAUACUAGGGCAAAGGGGAAAACACCUCGGUUCUCCGCGAGAGUCAAUAAUAGGUUUGACUCUCCCCAGAGCUACAUGCCUUGCUGUGUGGAUUUGUCACUUUUUAGAGGUGAAUAGGGGAUUCUGUAUAGAUUCCAUGCUUGCAUAAUUUAAAUAGAACUGCUGGGAAGACACAAACACAGCAUUUUCACGUCUGCCAAUUCAUAUCGAAGGCGAUGCACACCAUCAAA